AUGAGCGUCGAGUGGGCCGAGCCGUGGCGGGCGAUCGAGUCUGCCAACGGGCUCUAUCUCGCGUGUGGGCCUGUGAUGCGAGGCGGCGAGGGCUGGGCUAACUUGACCCAGUCGACCGACGACGACUGGUUCGACGGCGGCGAGGUUGUCGACGGCGAGGUCGACGAGGCCGAAGCACUCCCAGCCGGGCAUGCCGCGAUGGUUCUCAGCUUUCACAUGGUGUACCACCCUGGCUACGCCGUUCCGGUCCUUUUCUUCGAGGCUGCCAACGAGGCUGGCGGCCCGAUGGGCCUGGCCGAGCUCUGGCCGCGACUACCGCUAUCUCGCGGAGUCGGAGCCGGAGCAGACGCCGAGCAGAUCCAGCUGACGUACCUGGCGCUGGCCGAGGCACCGCAUCUCCCCGGACGAGCCAUGUUGAUGCUCCACCCGUGUGAGACGGCGGCGGUGCUCGAGGCUGUUGUGACCGACGGGAGUGAGGCAGCGGACGAGGCAGCGGGCGAGGCAGCUGUGGAGGGAGCAGCAGCGGCGUCAAUCCUCGCUUCCCACGCAACAUCGCCAUUGGCCCAGUUUGGCCAGCGCGACAUGCUGCUCUGGCUCUCGCUGUACGGGCCGGCGGUCGGAGUCACGACAGGGACGCGAGUGGGCCCUGGGUUGGGCUCGGUGACGUUUACCUCGCGGCGGACGCAGGUGGCAGCUCCGCGGGGCAUGGUGGCGUCGUCGCAGGCGGCGGCAACUGCGGCUGGCCUGGCGGUGUUGCAGGCCGGGGGCAAUGCUGCCGAUGCGGCAGUGGCUACGGCGGCGGCGCUGGCGGUCACUGAACCGUGCUCGACAGGGCUUGGCGGCGAUGCCUUUGUGUUGUACUACGAUGCAGAGUCCGGCACGGUCCAGGCCCUCAACGGGUCAGGCAGAUCGCCGGCGGCGUUGGACGCCGAGGCUGUGGCGGCGGCCGUCACCGCGGCUGAUCCGGCUGCUGUCCGCCUACCAUGGGACUCGGUGCAUGCUGUGACGGUUCCAGGCGCGGCGGCGGCGUGGAUGGACACGCUGGAGCACUGGGGCUCGGGCGCAGUGACCGCCGCAGAGGUGCUGGCGCCAGCCAUCGCGCUUGCCGAGGACGGCUACGCCGUCGGCGACGUGACCGCCUGCGGCUGGACCGCCGGAAGCCACAAGCUGACCCGAAGCGGCAAUGCAGCCGGAAGCGAGCUGCUCACCGCUGGCGGCUGUGCGCCGUCGGCCGGCGAGAUCAUGACCAAUCCAGGCAUGGCGCGGGUACUCCGCACGCUUGCGUCCGACGGAAAGGCCGGGUUCUACUCGGGCUGGCCAGCGGCCGCCAUUUUGGACGUGCUCUCUGCACACGGCUCGUACAUGGAGGCGAGCGACCUCGAGGCGCAUACCUCGGAGAUUGGCGAGCCGAUCUCUUACGCAGUCGACGGAGUGCGGUUGUACGAGUGCGCACCGAACGGGCAAGGCCUGGUGGCGCUGGUCGCACUCAACAUCCUUGCAUCGCGGACCGAGGAGCUCAAGGCGCUUGGACACAACUCGGCCGGCUACCUGCACAUGCUCAUUGAGGCACUUCGGAUGGCGUUUGCAGCGGCCGGACCGUACGUGGCCGAGCCGAAGGCCCAUGGCGAGUUCGCGCACCUUCUCUCGCCCGAGUGGGGAGUGGCGGCAGCGGGCAAGAUCGAUGCCGGCAAGGCGAGUGCGAAUGGCGCACCAAGUGCAUCGUCAGACACGGUGUACUUUUGUGUGGUUGACGCGGAGGGCAACGCGGCGUCGGUGGUCAACUCCAACUACGAGGGCUUUGGCUCCGGUCUCGUUCCGCCCGGCACCGGCUUCACGCUGCAGAACCGCGGAUGCAACUUUGCGCUGCGGGGGUGA